AGUAAUGUGCAUUCAAAUAUGACAAAAUUAAGUAAAAAUUAUAUUAUAAAAUGGAUAAUACUUAUGCCAAAGAUUGUGCCAAUUUAUUUGAAUCAGAAAUAUAUUUAGAAGAAGAAGAUGAUGUAAUUCUCACAAAGGCUAUAAGAAACAAAGUACGUAAAGGCUCCAAAGUGCCAAAAAUUCCAAGUAAAAAGUCUUUUAUAUGUACAUAUUGCCCAAAAGUCUUCACCCGCAAAGACUCUUUAUCAUCACACAUCAGAACUCACACCGGUCCAUUUGUCUGCAUCAUCUGCAACAAAACCUUUACAAAUUCUCUGUCCUUAAAAAAUCACUCCUACGCUUGUGCUAAAUCACUCCAAUGCUCCUACUGUGGUUUGACAUUCUCUCGCCAAAGUCAUCUAACAUCUCACCUGAAAUAUCACACAGGAGAAGGCCUUUAUGAAUGCAAAGUUUGCACGAAAGUAUUCAAAAGCCCUAGCGAGUUAGCAAGACACGAGGUGACCCAUUCUGAAGAUCGUCCUUACAAGUGUGAAAUCUGCAAUAAAGGCUUUUCUCGCUUGAAUUAUGUCUCAAGGCACAUGUUUGUGCAUAGCGAACAAAAACCAUUUACAUGCACUUAUUGUAAUAAAGGCUUUGUGGUGAAAAAUGAUUUACUCACACAUUCUAGAAUACAUUCAGGUGAGCGCCCCUACAAGUGUGAUGAGUGCAACAAAGCCUUCACAAGUUCUGUACGUCUCACAAUGCACAAACGAAUCCACACCGGGGACAGGCGUUAUGAAUGUCAUUUCUGUGACAAAAAGUUUACCCAAAUAUCUAUUUUAACAAGACACAAAGUUAUCCAUACUGGUGAAAGACCUUUUAAAUGCAAGUAUUGUGAUAAGGCUUAUACACAACCGGGGCCUUUGUCAACGCACACGAGGACUCAUACAGGGGAAAAACGUUUUAAGUGUUUGACAUGCAGUAAGAUGUUUACUACUUCGAAUGCUCUGGUGGUGCAUACGAGACUCCAUACAGGUGAAAGGCCCUAUAAGUGCAUGAUUUGUGGAAAGGGAUUUACACAGUCGCCUUUGUUGCAACGGCAUAUGAAGACUCACAAUAUUGUCUGAGAGGGAAGAUAGGGGUGUAAAUGAAGACUAAAUAGUGGUAAUGAGAGACAAGGAAGAUAUUGAAAAAGGUGCCAAAUAAAUUUUUUAUAUAUAUU